CGGUGCGAGUCUCAGUUAUUUUAGAACCGGAGACCAGACCUAACGUGUGUGUGGCCGGUUAGCUCGACCAGCUCCUUCCUCGUUCGUUGCUGAUAACUGUCCUGCCUGCUUGCCAGUAGCGUGCCAGUGGAAGAAUAGAGAGGUGUGUCUGUUUUUAGCAAAAUGGCUCUUCUACGACUUGUUGCUACCGAGUGCCGCAAUGUGCUGCAACGUGGCUACAGCACAGCAUCUGUGCCGACCACGAAGAUGUUCAUCGACGGCAAGUUCGUCGAGUCGAAGACGAACGAUUGGAUCGAUCUGCAUGACCCAGCCACGAACGAGGUGGUGACGCGUGUCCCCAAAUGCACGCAGGACGAAAUGCAGACGGCGGUCGAAUCGUCCAAGAAGGCUUACAAGACCUGGCGCCAAUCGUCCAUCCUGAGCAGACAGCAGGUCAUGCUCAAGCUGCAGCACAUCAUUCGCAACAACAUGUCGGAGCUGGCGAAGAACAUCACCAAGGAGCAGGGCAAAACACUGAUCGAUGCCGAGGGAGACGUUCUGCGAGGACUGCAGGUGGUGGAGCAUUGCUGCAGCAUCACGUCGCUGCAGAUGGGUGAAACCGUGCCGAACAUCGCCAAGGACAUGGACACGUACUCGUACCAUCUGCCGCUCGGCGUUACGGCCGGCAUUGCACCGUUCAACUUCCCCGCCAUGAUCCCGCUGUGGAUGUUCCCGGUGGCGAUCACGUGCGGCAACACGAGCAUCAUCAAGCCGUCGGAGCGCGUGCCCGGCGCGACGAUGCUGCUGAUGGAGAUGCUGAACGAGGCCGGCUGCCCGCCGGGCGUCGUGAACGUGAUUCACGGUGCGCACGAUGCGGUCAACUUUGUCUGCGACAAUCCGGACAUUCGGGCGGUUUCGUUCGUCGGCUCGGACCAGGCGGGCAAGUACAUUUACGAGCGCGCGGGACGCAACGGCAAGCGCGUGCAGUGCAAUAUGGGCGCCAAGAACCACGGCGUCAUUAUGGCGGACGCAAACAAGGAAAACACGCUCAACCAGCUGGCUGGGGCGGCGUUCGGUGCGGCCGGCCAGCGUUGCAUGGCCCUCUCGACGGCGGUGUUUGUCGGCGAGGCGAGGAACUGGAUCCCCGAUCUGGUGGAGCGUGCCCGCAAGCUGAAGGUGAACGCGGGCCAUCUGCCCGGCACGGAUCUGGGACCGGUCAUCUCGCCCCAGUCGAAGCAGCGCAUCAACGAGCUGGUCGAGUCGGGCGCGAAGGAGGGCGCGAAGAUCGUGCUCGAUGGGCGCAACAUCAAGGUGGAGGGCUUCGAGAAGGGCAACUUUGUCGGACCGACCAUCAUCAGCGACGUGACGCCGAACAUGAAGUGCUACACGGAGGAAAUCUUUGGCCCGGUGCUGGUGUGCCUGUCGGUCGAUACGAUCGACGAAGCGAUCGAGCUGAUCAACAACAACCCGUACGGCAAUGGUACGGCCAUCUUCACCACCAACGGUGCGACGGCCCGCAAGUUUGUGAACGACAUUGACGUCGGGCAGGUCGGCGUGAAUGUGCCGAUUCCGGUGCCGCUGCCGAUGUUCUCGUUCACCGGCAGCCGUGGCAGCUUCCUGGGCGACUGUCACUUCUACGGCAAGCAGGGCAUCAAGUUCUACACGCAAACGAAAACCGUCACGCAGCUGUGGCGUGAGGGCGACGUUAGCCAUACCAAGGCGGCCGUUGCCAUGCCAACGAUGAAGUAAGACUGCGUACAGCAACCGCGCGUGGUUUUGUGCCAUCGAGGACGGCAGACGGCCCAGCAGGACGGACACCAGCACGACUAACGACAGCGACAACGAACGUCUUCCAGAUAAAGUGCAUUUAAUAACACGAUUCGUUUUUAUAAAACAAAUCAACUUUAGGGAAAUAAAGAUGCCUAUAACUUUGCUUUGCUCAUA